CAUGAAACGAUUUUUGUUUAAUAAAGUGCAAAGUGGACGCUUUUACAAAAUCGCUUAAAUAAACGAUUGUGCUCAAAAUGAAGUUUUCGGCAUUGAUUAAGAAAAGGAAUGGUGUACAAAUCCCAAAAAUUUGUCGAUGGUGCUUGUCGCCAACUGAUGCUUUGGAUGCUCUAACGCGCGACGAAUCCGGGCAAUAUAAAGUUCAAAAAAUCUUCGAUUUUACCGGUAUUCAGGUUUGCUUAUUCAACACUCUCCUGUAGUUCCAUCGUAUUUGUGCACAAUGUGUGAAGCGGGUUUGAAAAGGAUGCAUCUGUUUCGCUGGCGAUCCAAUCGAAACAAUGAUUUGGUUGAUAAAUUUAUCGAAGAGCAGAACACAACGAAGAUCGAAUCAGAAGUCAGUCAAGACCAUCUUGACCACUCUGCCGAGCAAACGGUUUGCACAGAAUUGUCUACUAAACCUGACUUUACCUCACCGAAUACAGCGAAGGUUUUGCACUUGAAUCGGAGGAGUUGUACAGCUCCUCAAGUAAAUGGGACACAUGAAUGUUGUGGGAACAUACCUGAUGAUUUAUUUGAGGCAGAGGAAAAUCCAAUUGCAAUCAAAUCAGAGUGCGAAAAGGUCGAUAAGCAGCAUCAGCUGCAAACAAUGAAUUAUGUUCUGGAACAGGAUAACCUCAGAACAAAUGCUUUGGAAUCGGUCUGUCAGGAUCAAAUAGAUCAUCCUGUGACCGUGGCAAACAAUACGUGUGCUGAUGAUUCAGCAGCAAAAUCAAUUCAAAACGUCGUAAGUUCCGGAACCCGAAAUGUCCAUAGCAAAAGUCAUCUCAAAAACCAAAAGCACCACUGCCCUCAUUGUUCCGCAACAUAUCCAGCUUUAAACAAGUUAAAGAUUCACAUGCGCAGUCACACUGGUAAAAAACCAUACCAGUGUAAAUUCUGUGUCAAAGGCUUCUAUUCAUCAAGAAUUCUGGCAGAACAUACGAAAAUACACAAUAAGGAGGAACAGCAUAAGUGCCCUUAUUGUGCAUCAAGGUUUUCACAGUCAUCUAGCCUAAAGAUUCAUAUGCGCACUCAUGCCGAAAGGCCUUAUGUGUGUAAAGUGUGUGAAAAAGCGUUCACGGCAUCAACCAUUCUGACUAAACAUUUGAAAAUUCACAAUAAGGAGCAACAUCGCCAGUGUGCCCAAUGUCCGUCAACGUUCGCCCAGCUUUCCCAAUUGAAAGUCCACAUCCGUACUCACACCGGCGAAAAGCCAUAUCAGUGUAAAGUCUGUAAAAAGGCGUUCUAUUCAGCAGGUAAUCUAGGACUUCAUUCGAAAAUUCACAAUAAGGAGCAACAUCAUCGGUGUCCUCAUUGUUCGUUAACGUUCGUACAGUCAUCUAACCUAAAGGUUCAUAUCCGCACACAUACCGGCGAAAGGCCUUAUGUGUGUACAGUCUGUGAAAAAGCGUUCAUGUCGGCAUACGUUCUGGCAGAACAUUCGAAAAUUCACAAUAAGGACCAACAGCAUCAGUGUCCUCAAUGUCCGAAAAUGUUCGUCCGGCUUUACAAAUUGAAAAUCCACAUCCGUACGCACACCGGCGAAAGGCCAUACCAGUGUAAAAUCUGUGAAAAAGCCUUCCACUCAUCAGACAAUCUGGCAAUACACUCGAAAGUUCAUAAUAAGGACCAACAGGACCACAAUAAGAAACAACAGUAUCACUGUCCUCAUUGCUCUUCAAAGUUUCCCCUUCCAUCACUGUUAAAGAUACACAUCCGCACUCACACUGGCGAAAAGCCAUACCAGUGUAAAGUAUGUAACAAAGCCUUCCAUUCAUCACGCACACUAGCACACCACUGGAAAAUUCAUAAUAAGCAUCAGUGUCCUCAAUGUCCCUUAAAGUUCGCCCAUCUUUCCAAAUUAAAAGUCCAUCUUCGUACUCACACCGGCGAAAGGCCAUACCAGUGUAAAAUCUGUGACAAAGCCUUCUAUUCAUCAGACGCUCUGGCAGGACACUCGAAAAUUCACAAUAAGGAGCAACAUCAUCGGUGUCCUCAUUGUUCGUUAACGUUCGUACAGUCAUCUAGCCUAAAGGUUCAUAUCCGCACACAUACCGGCGAAAGGCCUUAUGUGUGUAAAGUCUGUGAUAAAGCGUUCAUGUCGCCAUACGUUCUGACAAAUCAUUUGAAACUUCAUAAUAAGGACCAACAGCAUCAGUGUCCUCAAUGUCCGUCAAUGUUCGCCCAGCUUGGCCUAUUGAAAGUCCACAUCCGCACUCACACCGGCGAAAAGCCAUACCAGUGUAAAGUCUGUGACAAAGCCUUCCAUGCCUCAACCAAUCUGGCAAUACAUUCGAAAAUUCACAAUAAGGACCAACACCAUCAGUGUCCUCAUUGUACAUCAAAGUUCGCAGGAUUAUCUAACUUAAAGAUUCAUAUCCGCACUCAUACUGGCGAAAGGCCAUAUCAGUGUAAAAUAUGUGACAAAGCCUUCUAUGCAUCAAACAAACUAGCACGACACUCCAAAACUCACACUCAAAACUCCAAGAAGGAUGAACCUCAUUAAUCACUGUCUAUUCUCGUUUGAGUUUGUAUAAGAUUGAAUUUUAUAUGUUUAC